ACGCCCUGGGCGGGGCCAGCAGUGGCCCUCGCGGGUCGGUGUCCCUCCCCGGGUUCCUACUCCCUGUCGGGGAGCUCCGCGCCGCACUCCCCGCUGUCUCUCCGCCAGCGCUUCGUUCUCCAGCGAGCCCGCCCAUGGCUGGGAAGUUGCUAUCGCUGCUGCCGCUGGUGCUGCUGACCGCACUGGGCCUCGCUGGCCUCCUGCUGCUGUGCAUCUCCACCCGCCACGUCCAGGAGCCGCCAGCUCUCAAGUAUGGUAUCGUCCUGGAUGCAGGCUCUUCCCACACAUCCAUGUUCAUCUACAAGUGGCCAGCAGACAAGGAGAAUGACACAGGCAUUGUGAACCAGCACAGCUUCUGUGAUGUGCAUGGUGGGGGCAUCUCCAGCUAUGCAGAUGACCCUCCUGGAGCUGGCCAGAGCCUGACUGAAUGCCUGGACCAGGCACUGCAGGAUGUGCCCAAGGAGAGCCAUGCAACCACACCCCUCUACCUGGGAGCUACAGCAGGCAUGCGCCUGCUCCACCUCACCAGUCCAGAGACCUCAGACAAGGUGCUCAGAGCAGUGAAGUCGAAACUGACCCAGUACCCCUUUGACUUUCGUGGGGUUCACAUCCUCUCUGGCCAGGAAGAGGGGGUGUUUGGCUGGGUGACUGCCAACUACCUGCUGGAGAACUUCAUCAAGUACAACUGGGCAGGCUUGUGGUUCCGGCCAAGGAAGGGGACGCUGGGGGCCAUGGACCUGGGGGGUGCAUCCACACAGAUCACUUUCGAAACAGACAGGCCAGCUGAGGAUCCCACUACUGAGGUUCAGCUUCGGCUAUAUGGCCAAGCCUACCACGUCUACACUCACAGCUUCCUCUGCUAUGGCCGAGACCAGGUCCUCCUGAGGCUGCAAGCUGCUGUUCUCCAGACUGGCGGCUCCCAUCCCUGCUGGCCGAGGGGCUAUUCCACUCAAGUGCAGCUUCAGGACAUGUAUAGGUCACCUUGCACAGCAGCUCAACAGCCCCAGACCUUCAAUGGCAGCACCAGAAUCAGCAUGUGGGGGCGCAGUGACACUGUCCAGUGCCGAAACCUUGUCUCUGGGCUCUUCAACUUCUCUUCCUGCCAAUUCUCCCAGUGUUCCUUUGAUGGUGUCUUCCAGCCCCCUGUGGCAGGAAACUUCAUUGCCUUCUCUGCCUUCUUCUACACGGUGGACUUCAUGAGGACCACAAUGGGGCUGCCAGUGGGCACCCUGAGGCAGCUGGAGGCAGCUGUGAAGACCCUCUGCAACCAGACAUGGGAUGAGUUACAGCUCCGAGCUCCAGGGAAGCAGGCCCACCUGCCCCACUACUGUGCCAUGGCCAUGUUCGUGCAGCAGCUGUUGAGCCAGGGCUAUGGCUUCAAUGAGCGCACCUUCAGUGAUGUGACUUUCCAGAGGAAGGCUGGGGACACCACAGUAGGCUGGGCGCUGGGAUACAUGCUGAACCUGACGAACAUGAUUCCAGCCGACCCCCCGGGACUGCGCAGGGGUUUGGCCCUCAGCUCCUGGGUGGUCCUCCUCCUGCUCUUCGCCACUAUUAUGCUGGUCUCGCUCGUUUUGCUGCUGUGCCAGGCACGCUCCACCAAAUCAUCCAGCGUCAUCUAGGGCCAGGUUGCAGCUGCCCUGACCCCUCCACGACUCCACCCCAACCCCUCAUCUCUCCACUCACUUAAUCCUUAACAUUUCUGUCCCUGAAGCAGCAGCUGGAACCGACCUGCCCUGGAGAGUCCUGGGUCCAGCCCCUCCUCACCCUCCAGCCUUGGCACUGCCUCCUCCUGGUGGUGGUCCAGUCACCCCUAUGCCUGUAGUGUAUGUGUGUGUGGGUAGGAUAUGGAGCCUUUAUUCAGAAAAUCAGACCCACUAGAAGUUUAGGUCUGCACUUGGGGGAACACUGGGAGCCCGCCCAGCACCUACUUAUAAACAUUUUUUAAUAAAAAUUUUUCUUAGAGCAGUAGAGUG